CACGCCACCACCUGCCAAGCAACCGCCAUAAUCCGCUUCAUUCACCCUGCCUUGUCCUUACAGGUGCCGGUGGCCCAUACUCUUCUGCCCUUCUACUACUACCUCCUUGUCCUCUCUUCACUCAGUCUCCAAUCUCCAUUUGCCAACACGUACUAGUUUUUUUUUUUUUUUUUUUUAAAUUUUAAAAUAUGAAACGUCGACACCUGCUCUGCUCCAUUCUUGAUUCUGCAUAUGGCCUCUUGCUCCCCUGUUCUUUCUUGUACUUCUUGUACUUCUUUCCCGACUCUCCUCCCCAACCCGAACUCCCUUGCUACUUCUACUACUUCAACCACUCCUGUCACGCCACUCCAUUCCCUUGGCUUUUCGAUCCUGAUCGCCCGAUUCCGUUUUCUGCUCCCUCAGGUUCAAACGGCAACUCUCAUUGUUGUUCAAUCCCACCAAUUCCAAUUCUUUUAAGACUCCAAAGACGUCAAUGGCAGAGGCCUCAUCAACCGAGAAAAAUAAACAAGUAUUUGAGUCGGAGGAAGACCUGGCUGUGGACUUGGCUGAGUAUGUCGCCCAUCUAUCUGAUCAAUUCGCCAAAACAAGGGGUGCCUUCACCGUUGUUUUAUCCGGGGGUUCUCUUGUCAAGUCUCUCAGGAAAUUAGUAGAGCCUCCCUACAUUGAUUUGGUGGAUUGGUCCAAAUGGCACGUUUUCUGGGCGGAUGAAAGAGUUGUUCCAAAGGAUCAUCCCGAUAGCAAUUAUUUUCUGGCCUAUAACGGCUUUCUAUCCAAGAUUCCAAUUCCUGUUGGCAACGUGUAUGCCAUAAAUGAUGCAUUGUCUGCUGAAGGUGCUGCAGAUGACUAUGAGACCUGUCUCAAGCACUUGGUUAAGAACAGGACGAUAGAAGUAUCAGAGAUCAAUGGUUUUCCAAAAUUUGAUCUCAUGCUUUUGGGAAUGGGACCAGAUGGGCAUGUUGCCUCUCUUUUUCAUGGGCAUCCACUUGUGAAAGAGAACAAGAAGUGGGUUACUUUCAUCAAGGACUCGCCAAAACCUCCUCCGGAGAGGAUAACGUUGACAUUCCCUGUAAUAAAUGCUUCCGCACAUAUUGCACUUGUUGUAGUAGGAGCUGGUAAAGCCGAUGCUGUUCGUUCAACACUGGGUAGUGAUCAGGACACCGAUUUGCUUCCCGUGCAAAUGGUUUCACCUGACGGCAAGUUGAAUUGGUUCUUGGACAAGGGUGCGGCUUCAAAGCUGUAGGGUGCACACUUGCCUAUAACAACAUCAGUUGAUCUUGCUCGGUAAAUAUCCCUUGGUCUUUAUGUCUUACCUUGUGGAUGUGCUUGAUGGUUUUGUAAGAUUAUCAUUAUUAUGUAAGGUACUGGUGUUUCUGUUUACUCAGAUUAGCAGCAGGCAAGAAUUGAAUAUUCCCGAUGCUUGAAUGCCUUAUGGUGAUUUUUUUCCUUUCAAAUUAUCUGUGGUAAGGAUUCAUGGAAAUUUUGGGUUUCAGUGCUGGGGAAUAAGGAUACUUGGGCGUCUGUCUUCUUUUUGUGAUGUUAAGUCCUUGUAUUAAGUUAUCUAACAAUUGAAGACAGCCCAGGGUUUAUGUUUAAUCAUAGGGUAACUACUUUUGGUGUCCUCAAAAACUAGUAUUUAUUUUAACUUGCGUGCUGUUCCCCC